UUGAAAAGUGUGACGGGUGCUGGAACUGAAAAACCCUGCCAAAGAAUCGAUCCAUUUUGCUCGUCUAGUGAGUGUCAAAUACUAUUAUCCACUUCACUACUGAAACGCGAGACCCCGUUUUUCUCGGCGCUCUAAAACCCUUCGUUUUCUUUUCCCGCCUAAAACCCUACCUCUUAGAUUACUGUCUGCUACUUCCAUUCCUCUGAUUCGAUGUGUAACCAUUGAAUGCGUAGCGAUCAUCGCAAUGGUCACUUCUAGAGACGUUCAAGAGAUUGUGGAAAAGCUUUCAUCCGAUAAAGUCAAAGCUCGCGAGGAAGGGAUUAAGUUGUUAAGCACUUGGUUAGAAGGAGGAAGCUCACAUAACUUCUGCAAAUUUAUUGGACUGAAUACUGCAAAGCUUAGACCAGAUGAAAUUCCUCACUCUGAAACAUGGCCUUUUCUUAUUUCUAUACUUAUUAAAUCUGCAUCGUCGGAAAUAUCCUCAAGUAAGCGGAGAAAUCCAAAAUUGAUAUAUGCGAAGACUCUUAGAAUUGUUGUGCAACGUGCGGAGGAUGCCAAAUGUUCAGGUCAGUUGGAGGUAGUUUAG